CCUAGAAUUCCUCUCACACAGAGAUCAGAGAGAGAGAGUUACAGAUGGAUGGUAUGAGUCGUGAUCAUGAUAUGAGUGGCAUGGCUGGAGCGAUGCCACCAUCAUCCAUGAACAGCGGGAUGCAUGGCAUGCACAGGAAGAAGAUGAUGAUGCACAUGACCUUCUUCUGGGGCACUCAAACAGAGGUGCUCUUCGACGGCUGGCCCGGCAGGAGAACUGGCAUGUACGUGGUAAGCUUGGUAUUCGUGUUUGUGCUGUCUUUCCUGGUGGAGUGGCUCUCUCAUUCCAGACUGCUCAAACGUGGAUCGAUCAAUAUCCCGGCCGGAACGUUCCAAACCUUGUUGUAUGCCAUAAGGGUUGGGUUGAGUUAUUUGGUUAUGUUGGCUCUCAUGUCUUACAAUGGAGGUGUGUUUUUGGUUGCCGUUGCGGGUCAUGCUUUCGGAUAUCUGAUCUUUGGAAGUCGGGUUUUCAACAAGCCGGGCCAUAAUGCAGUCAAAGGAUUCGAUCAUCAUCCAAUGACUUGUUAAAUAGAAAACAAGGGGCCCUGCAUUUUGAUUGAUCUUAGGUUUACGACGUUGUAAUAAGAAUCUUAAUCCCUUUGUAUUUUUUGGUUUUGAGAAUAUAGUCCCUACUCAGAUAGCUAGGACGUUUGUACUGCUAAAUGGAGUCUCUCUUUUAGCAAAAACACUUGAUAUAUCAAGGAAUAUUUGGGGGAAAACACCGUAUUUUCUUAGCUUUUUCUUUGUAAAGAGAAUUUUCUCAGGAAAAUAAAUCAAUUGAAUAGAAAAUUUAGAGAGGAGGGUUUUCGUU